AACACGAGACUCAAACACACGGAUUUAACACAACAAGUGAACGCAGCAGAGUCCUGGAUCAUUUCUCGGAGACGACGAGAAGCUUUUUAAACGCAGGACUCGGCUGCAGAUGAGCCGGUGUGAAGAGAGGGGGCGAGCGACAUAGACAAACACAGGGAGAGAGAGAGGGGGAGCAGCUGGAGGCGGCAGAGAGAGCUUCAGUUGUAAAGAGAGAGAGAGAGAGGAGGCAGCAGGACGGAGCAUGAAGGAGCUGCUGAGUUUCUGCUUCUGAAGACGAAAACAGCAAAGCGGUUGCGAUGGGAAACACAGACAGUCACAGCAGCUUUGUCCCUCCUGCCAAGUCCUCCUGCUCGCUCAGGUUCUCCUCCAGGAGGGAGGAGGUUCCGUCAGCUCGCAGCUGGUGGAGGAGCAGUCAGGGAGGCUGCAGGAGCCGGGGGAGGAGCUACCUGAACCAGCACGCCACUGGCCCGCCGUACACCUCCUGGCAUUAUGAACAUGCACCCAAAGCAACCAGAGGAGGCUCCAAACUGGGAGCCGGAUCUCCUCAGAGAUUCAUCAGAGGGGAGCGGGCGCAGGGAGGCUGCAACAACCAGUUUGGUUUCUUGGAGAAUGGCGGUGGUGAGCGGACAUCUCUGGAGAGUGGCGGCAGCCCUAAGGUGCUGCUCAGCAAAGAUGGCACCAUGAGGGUGGAGUUCACCAACACCAGGGUCGUCCCAAUGGAGCCGCAGGGGCUCACCAGCCUCCCUACUACCGCCGCCACCGCCGCCCCAGUCAGCGAACCCUCCCUCCGCACCAGCAAGGGCAGCUCGCUCAGCUCCGACGGCUCCUGGUACGACUCGCCGUGGGGGACCGGCGGCGAGCUGGCUGACAACGUGUUCGUCUGCGGGCAGAGCGUGGCUAACAGCAGCGGGUACACCACCUACUCCUCCACCCGCACAGAGGAGACCGCCACCACCAGCAGCGGGUACAACACCUUCUUCUCAGCCCAGGUGGACAUUUCACCUGGAUUUAACUCCGGCCUCCUCUUCCCCCCCGCAGAGACCAACGGGUUCACCUCCGCCGCGGGUUACAACACCUGCUCCUCCGGUCGAACCGAGGACAGCGGCAUCGGAGACUCUGUGAUCCUGCAGCCUGACCUGAGAGACUUCAGCCUGGUUUCACCUUCCACCACCUCACUGGACAACGUUUACUCCAGCCACAGCACGCUGCCCGCCUUCCCCACGACACCAGACGCCUCCCUGCAGCAGCAGCCGAGGACCGCCUUCUCCUCCUCUGCGCUGCUAGAUGAUGUCAUCCAGGAAGAGGAGGGGCCAGGAGGAGGCAUGGAGCAGCGCUACUCCUCCCUAACGCUACCCUGUCGUAGGGCCGAGCCUGUCAACACCACCUCCGCCUCCGGGAACAACCGCAAAGACUUCCUGAAGAGCCGAAUCAGACGACUCAGCGACUGGACAGGAAGUCUGAGCAAGAAGAAGAGGAGGAUCCAGGAGCCGUACGGCAGCGACACCGGUGAUGUUGUCGUCAACGGGUUGGACUCUGGGCUGGGUGGCUGCAGCACACUGUGGUCCUCCAACCCUCUCCACACUCUGAACCACAACCAGAACCAGUUCCCACCAGUCCACUGCGGCUCCUCCAGAAGCCUGAACCAGAGCGGCGACGUUCAGCGGCAGAACGUCUACGAGAACUUCAUGCAGGAGCUGGAGACGGGCUGCAGCAGCGCAGCCGACCGGACAGAGCCCUCCGAGGGGGAUGGAGAGGAGGAGGAGGAAGAGGAGGACGAGGGGGAGGAGGAGAUGGAUGGGGAGGUGGACGUGGGAGGAGGGGAGCAGCUGGACGUCCUGUUUGAGAAAGAGCAGGGUGUGGUGCGACGGGCCGGAUGGCUCUCCUUCAAAGCUCUCAUCACCGUCAAUAAGGACAGGAAGCUGGAGCUGGUGGCUCGCCGCAAGUGGAGACACUACUGGGUCACGCUGAAAGGUUGCACUCUUCUGUUUUAUGAGACGUAUGGGAAGAACAUCAGUGCUGAACAGGAGCUUUCUCCUCGCUACGCUCUGCUGGCCGACGACAGCAUCGUCCAGGCCGUCCCCGAACAUCCCAAGAAGGAACACGUCUUCUGUCUGAGCAACUCGCACGGAGACGUCUACCUGUUCCAGGCCACCAACCAGACCGACCUGGAGAACUGGGUGACGGCGAUCCACUCGGCGAGCGCCUCGCUGCUGGCCAAGCGUCAGGGGAAGGAGGACACGCUGCGUCUCCUCCGCUGCCAGAGCCGCUCGCUGCUGCACAAGAUCGACAUGGACGGAAAGAUGAAGAAGAUGGCCGAGCUGCAGCUGUCCGUCAUCAAGGAGCAGAAGAACAGGAAGGCCGUGGAGAGCCAGAUCCAGCAGUGGGACCAGAACCUGGAGAAACUGAACCUGGAUCUGUUCCGGCUGCGGUGCUAUCUGUCCAGCCUGCAGGGCAGCGAGCUCCCGAACCCCAAGAGCCUCCUCGCUGUGGCCAGCCGGCCCUCCAAGAGCAUGCUGGGACGCCUGGGAGUCUUCUCUGUGUCCUCCUUCCACGCCCUGGUGUGCAGUCGAGAUGAGGUGGUGCUGAGGCGUCGGUGCCGGUCUCUGUCAGGAGGGAACACCAGGAGGAGGGGCCUGCCGUCCUCUCUGAUGGCUCUGGACGGACUGAACAGACGCAGCAGGGACGGCAGGCACGCCGCGCCCCAGAGCCUGAAGGAGGCGGCGCCCUCUGCAGGACGCCCUGCAGCUCUACAGGCGAGUGACGAGCUGCAGCUCGGCGUCUUCACGCUGAACGUCAGUCGACGCGACGCUGCGAGAGACUUUGGGUUUGCGGUGACGGGUCACGUGGACGGAGCGGGGCGAAGUCACGUCUACGUCAGCGACGUCGACCCGCUGGGACUUUCUGCCGGAGAAGGCCUCAGGGCGGGAGACGAGGUCCUGGCUGUGAACGGGGCCGCCGUGUCCGGACUGGACCUGGACCUGAUGCAGAGUCUCUUCAGCCACCAGAAGCUCCAGCUGCUGCUCAGGAGAGACGAGUCACCCGACCCCGAGGAGCCCGCCGCCGUCUGGCCCGACCCCGGCGACCCCUGCCAGCCCCCGGCCCCUCCGGACCUCCGGGCCUGGACCGCAGAUUCUCCAGACGACGUCCUGCUUCCUGUUUUUGACGACGUUUCGUCCAAACCGUCCGAGGAGGGCGAGCUGCGGAGACAGAACGUGGAGCGGGUCUACUCUCUGUACCAGACCUUCUCAGAAGGCCGCGCGGCGGAGGCUGACGCUCCCAGGAACCCGUACAGCAGAGAGGCCGGCCCGCAGCCUGCGAGCCCCGCCCACCUGAGUGCGUGUCAGCGUCUGCGUAAAGUCAUCCAGGAGCUGGUCGACACCGAGAAGUCCUACGUCAAGGAUCUGGCCUGCCUGUUUGACAUCUACCUGACUCCGCUGCAGAAGGAGACCUUCCUCAGCAAAGAAGAGAUGGAGGCGCUGUUCGGCAGUCUGCCCGAGAUGUUGGACUUCCAGAGAGUUUUUCUUCAAACGCUGGAGGAGAGAAUCGCUUCCUGUCCGAACUUCAGCAACCUGGAAACGCCCGGGCAGUUCAAGAAACUCCUCUUCUCGUUGGGAGGAUCUUUUCUCUACUACGCCGACCACUUCAAGCACUACAGCGGCUUCUGUGCCAACCACAUCAAAGUCCAGAAAGUCCUGGAGAGAGCGAAGACAGACAGAGCCUUCAAGCACUUCCUGGAGGCGAGGAAUCCGACCAAUCAGCACUCGUCCUCUCUGGAGUCGUACCUGAUCAAACCUGUUCAGAGAGUCCUGAAGUAUCCACUGCUGCUGAGAGAGCUGGUGUCUCUGACCGACCCCGAGAGCCCCGAACACACACACCUGACAGAGGCGCUGAGAGCGAUGGAGAAGGUGGCGAGCCACAUCAAUGAGAUGCAGAAGAUCUACGAGGAUUACGGCUCCGUGUUCGACCAGCUGGCUGCAGAGCAGAGCGGACCUGACAGACAGGUGACAGAGAUCUCGAUGGGGGAGUUUCUGGUCCAUUCGUCGGUGGUCUGGCUGAACCCGCUGCCCUGCCUGAGACGCCUGAGGAAAGAGCCGGAGCUCACGCUGUUCGUGUUCAAACGGGCCGUCAUCCUGGUUUACCGGGAGAGCAAGCUGAGGAAGAGGACGACCGGCUCUCGCUCAGCUGAUCUGGACCCCUUCAGGUUCCGCUGGUUAAUCCCAGUUUCAGCGGUUCAGGUCAGACCGGCCGACAUCACAGGCUCGGAGAACCCGUGUGUUUGGGAGCUGGUUCACAGCAGGUCGGAGGUGGAGGGACGGCCGGAGACGGUGUUUCAGCUCUGCAGCAGUGGUUUGGAGGCGAAGGCCAGCGUGCUGCGAGCUCUGCGCUCCCUCCUCAGAGAGCGGCCGCCCGCCGGCUCCCUGAGGAGGAGCAGCUCCUGGAGGAGGGCGCAGCAGAGGGCGGCUCAUCACCAGCCGGAGGAGAGCCGCAGACCUGACGGCAGCUUCGCCCUGGGAGAAACCUGCUCGGAGCCUCUGCUGCCCAGCAGAGCCGCCUCGGACUCUGCGGGGAAGAGGACCAGACUCUGCUCCCUGACCGGCGAGCUGGAGGCUCAGCUGCAGAGGCUGAACUUCACUGAGGAGGAGGCGGAGCGAGGAGCAGCGGCGCCUCGCGGUGACGACGGUCUGCGUCCCAGUCCUGGAGGAGAGGCGGACUUCAGCAGCCUGCUGGAGAGAGACUUCAGCGUUCAGAGCAUGACCUCCAUGAUUAACGAAGACUGUUUCUACGACCCCAUGCUGGGCUCACAGAAGGCUGCUGCUCCCACGCUACAGGGCUAAAGCUAACAUGCUAACACGGCAGAGCUCAAAUCUGCAGGACUGCUGGAAACUUCAGACCUGAAGGACUCGUACUCUAACACGCUGCCGGCUGGUGAACCGGCUCCGGAGUCUGAGGUAGCCUAGACUUUCAGAAACUAGUUCCGAUGUUUCCAGAAGAGGAAGUCCAGUCAGCCGCGAUCGUUUGAGUUUAUGGAGAUGUGAAGUGAAGAGACUUCAAAACCACAACAGAGUUUCAGAGCCGCUGUGAGAAAAAAGGUUACGAGAUGUAAAUAAUAAUGUAAUAAUGUAAAUGUUACAGGAUGUUGUUUUAAUUCUCCGUCAUCGUUUUUACUCCCACAAAGUUCAGACUUUAUUCUUCAACGUGACCUUUUCUACUAAAGUGACAGAAAAUCCUGACUUUCUGUUAAAAAAUUGAGUUUAUUUCUGAAAAAUCACGACCCUUUCUUGUAAAACUGUGACUUUUAUUCUCGAAAAAUUUCGACAUUUUUUCUCAUAAAAGUCUGACUUUAUUCUUAAAAUAUUAACUUUUAUAUUAACUUUUGUUCUGCUUCGACAUUACGAGUCACAAAUCACGACUUCCUUCUGGUGAAAUUCUGACUUUAUUCUUGAAACAUUGCAGUUAUUUUCUCCUAAUAUUGAGAUUCGAGAAAGCGAAUGUGUGUGUGUUCCUGUAAAAUGUUUUUGCCUUGCGGCGUUGCUCUCGUAACAUGACAACUUUUUCUUCCAAAUAUUUGGACUUUAUCCCUGAGGUUUCUGAGCAGUGUUAUUUCCUCACAGUGGCUCUAAACGGGGCUAAUUAACAGACCACAAACCUCCGAGACACUUCCAGCAACUCUGGAAUCACUUUUUAACUUUUUAAUAACGAAGAACGACGAAGGAAUCUCUAGUUUCCUGUCAGAAGAAAAGCUCUUUGUGCUUCGGUCUGUCGGUCUCAAUAACUACGACCUCAAAAACUUGAAAACCCAAAUGUGUGGCGCCCCGCUCGGUCACGUUCCUUCCCGGAGUUUGGAUUUGAGGAAGCUCUCCGCCUGACGGAUCUCCCGGAGCUUUUUAUUUGACAUUUUAAUUUCAUGCAGGCUCUCUGCGUUACAUUCAGUUGCCCUCAGCUGCCUGAACUCGUCACUGUUCGUGUGCUGAAACGUUCACGUUGUAAAUAUCUUUCCUGUACAGUUUGUUUUUCACUUGUAGUUUCUGUGUAACAGACAUCUUCUUGACAAAAGCAGUCUGAAUAUCUGGAGCUGCUGGAUCGGAUCAAAGCCUCUGAGUCCGCCAGGCUCAGUUACUGUAUUUAUAUUGGAUCAUGUUUGUUUUGUGUUUUGAGACUGAGGCAGUUUUUCAUUUUCAAUGAAGUUUUCUCCUUGUUUUUUAUUAACUGUAAAGUAUUUGGUAAUUUAUUUUCUUAAAUAUUUUAAACAUCUUUUCAACGACUUGAUGCUGUUAAAGCCCAAUAAAUGAAAAGUAUUUAAUUAAGAAGA